AAACACACCGACAGUUCCUCCAUGCAAAAGAAAAUACUUGAAUCAAUCUGAAUAACAGUUGGUUAUGGCUGAUCCCCAGAUUCCCACCGUUGAUCUUUCACCAUUUUUCAGCCAAGAUGAUGAGGAUGGCAAGAAGAAGGCCAUGGAAAUCAUUACAGAAGCUUGCUCCGAGCACGGCUUCUUCCAAAUCGUGAACCAUGGUGUGCCCGUAGACUUGCUGAAACGUGCCCUCCAACUCUCCAGCAUUUUCUUCGACUAUCCGUCCCAAGAGAAACUGAAAAGCAGUGCCCCGUCGAAUGCGCCUAUCCGUACCGGAUACAACACUCAGCCUCCACAAUCGCCCGACAAGAAUGAGUAUCUUUUGAUUUUUCCGCCGGGAUCUAGCUUCAACGUUUUCCCUCAAAACCCUCCUCAAUUCAAACAAGUGCUGCAAGAUGUUUACUCGAAGUUGACAAAAACCGCCGUAGUUGUGGAGGGCAUCGUGAAUCAGUGCUUGGAUCUCCCUACAAACUUGCUCAAAGAAUUCAACCAUGACCGGAGCUGGGAUUUCAUGGUGGCUCUCCGUUACUUCCCCGCCACCGAAUUGGAGAACAAUGGAUUAACACAACACGAAGAUGGAAAUUGCUUGAGCUUCGUGUUCCAGGACGAUGCAGGUGGUCUACAAGUUCGCAAGGAUGGGGAAUGGAUCCCUGUUAUCCCUACAAAAGGCACAUUAGUAGUCAACUUAGGCGAUGUUAUACAGGUAUUGAGCAACAAUAAAUUCAAGAGCGCUACUCACAGAGUGGUGAGGCCAAAAGGCAGAAGUCGAUACUCUUUUGCCUUCUUCCACAACUUGCAGGGAGACAAAUGGGUUGAACCAUUGCCGCACUUCACCAAAGACAUCGGCAAACCACCCAAAUACAGAGGUUUUCGAUUUAGUGAGUACCAGCAACUAAGGGUUAGGAACAAGACUCAUCCUCCAAGUAGGCCUGAAGAUCAAAUCGGAAUCACCCAUUAUGAAAUUAUUUCUUAAAUGGAACAUCAUCAUUAAUGUGUUAUCCAUAUUCGUUUCUGUAAUCGUUUUCAAUUUGCAACAGUUGGGCAAUAAAAAAAACUUGAAAAGGUUGCAAGCCGAGAGGCUUGUAGUGA